UUGAUAAGUACCGUUUCUCGAGGUACCUACGUUCGACGCCAGCAGACGCCAGUCAGACGACAACCUUCCCCGUGUCAGGUGCCCGAAAUCUCGAAGAAGAAUCUCCAAAUUAAUUUUUCCUGGACAUUCCCCACUCUUUCAAAAAAUCCAUUCAAUCGUCAUAAUUUGGAAAAAGAAAUCACUAGGAUGCGGAUCUUGGGUGUAACGAUUUUAUUGGUCCUGUUUGGUUUGACCAUUUGCGAGAAAGAGGAGGAUACAGAUGCCUCGGAUGCAUUUAUGGAAGCUGCUGAGGCAUUAUUCGCAGGCACAAAUAAUGAUGCUAUUGGGGGUCUUCAAGGUGUGGCCAGCGCUUUUAUGCAAUCAGAUACCGGAAAACAGGUGGGUGAUAUGCUUUCGGGAGGAAAAUCAAAAGGUGAUGGAGUGGGUCAAAUUCUUUCCGGUAUUGGAUCCCUCCUUUCUGGAAACAAAGAAGGUAACGGUGUUGAUUUGGGUUCUGUUCUGGAAGCUGUGUCUUCAUCCUUAGGUCAAAAUCAGCCAACUAAAAAAGAUGCUGGUCAUGAAGAAUCAGGAAUGAAUUUUGACUCUAUGAUGAGUUUAGCAAGUUUAUUUAUGGGUCAGAGUAACAACGUAGAUGGGCUAAUGGGCAUGCUCCCCAUGAUUUUGGAUUCUUUCGCUGCUGGUGAUAAUUCUCACAAUAAUGAUAAAAAGAAACAUGAUCAUUCCGAUCAUUCUUGGUGGGUACCACCUAUUCUGGAGAACAUGCAUGUCAUGUGGGAGCAUUUUAGCAAUUCAGAGCUGGGACAGACUCUGUGGAAAAAUAGUGGACUAGCAAAUAUUGUUGGACAAAUGACGGAUUCUAAAGGUCGUCUCCAGUAUGAAAAGAUCUUUGACAGUUUCGAAAACCCCCCACAGAGAAGACGCUGGAUAAAAUCUUUGACAAAUUUCGUUGCUGAGUGGAUUUCCCAUGUUGCAGAUCCAGCCACUCAGCAAAGAUACUUAACGACGGUACAAUUUGUGGGAAAUACCUUCCUCAAGUCUCAGGGGUAUCCGAAAUCUGUCAUGUUCGAACCUGCCCGACCAACCGAAAGUUUAUCCAGGUUGGUGAACGCAGUAGCAAAGCGACAUUUGAACGUAAAAGUCGACAGCAUCCAGUACAUUAAACCUGCAGUAGCUUACGUACAAGAAUUAAUGAACCUCGCAUCAGAAAAAGGUUUCAUAGUCUCUAGAAUAAAUGCUAGAGAAUUAAGUAACAAACUCAGUGACACGAUUAAUAAUGAUCUUAUUGCGCCCAUGCUCAAGGCAUAUCGUGCUUACAAGUGGGCAACGAAGUUACCAAAAUGUGCCAAUCACAUCUUUUGUACUAUUAAUCAGAAGGACGAGGAAGAUACUAAGUCGUCCCAAAUGCGAAGUCAAAUAACCAAAUUUGCCAGUUUCCCAGCCGCCUGGGCCAUUAGCAACAGAGGCGGUGUUAAUUUCUGGUCUCUGUAUGGAGCUAUUGUAGAAAGUAAAAACUGUCAUGAAAAGUAUCCAGUUGACUGUUCAGUUUUUCACGAAGAGGAACUCAAAGUGACUACAGAGUACUCACACAGCGAGCUUUAAUGCGGUUGAUGAUGUCUGUAUGAAUUCUGAAAGAGACUGCCAGUUAUUGAGCAUCGAUAAUUCAUGUUCAAGACCAAAUAAUCGCGAACACAAAUGAAUCCUCGAUCUUACCUCGAUUUUUGAGCCCCUAAGCUAGUUUAAGGUUCUUCCUUGGCAAAGACAAUAAUUAAAUAAUAAAGAAAAAAAAUCGAGACCCGAUUUUUCAAACUGUCCUCGAUUCCGAGGACGUUAAACAAGGAGAAAAAACGAAAUACGUUUUCAUGUAGUCUACGACUUAAGGCCUGUUUUGUAUUCAUAGUAUUUAUAUCUUUAAUAUGGACUUUAAAAGGUACAUGUUGUAUUUUUUCAAGGUGCUUUUAAGUGUAUUUGCACUCGCCUAUAUUAAAAUUUGAGGAAAAGCCCCAUUUUUACAAUUAAAAAAAAAUAGCAGGCACCAAUCCCGCGGGCACACUUCCUACAGUGGAUAAAAUUCAUCCUAGAGUGGAUAAUUAUUAAUUAAGUGCAGAAAUAUAAUGAAAAUAAUUAAUUUUAUUUAUUUAAAAGUUAAGAAACUGAUCUUUUAACUUUUAAAUAAAUUAAGUAAAUUAUUUUAGAUAAAUUGUAAUAGUAUUUUUAAAUAAAGAUUAUCCACUGUAGAGACGUUGCCCCUACGCUUUAGUAAAGUCUGAUAAAAGGAAUUAUAAAUUAAUUAUUGUGGACGGAAGUCAAACGACUAGAUCGGCUCAACGCGACGCGAAAUAUAAAUAUAAAUAUAGAUAAUAAUCAUAGCAAUCCUUGUAAAUAUUAGGUAAAACCAAAUAAAGUGUAUGUACGCGAAA